UGAACACUGCCCUUCCACAGCCAAAGCUUUUUUGGCAUACUGACACAUUGCCCCUUUUUACAGAAGGGUAAUCCCACUUAGCCUUUAGGCAGAAGCAGCUAAGUAGCAUUCAUCUGAAAACCCGUGGAGCGAUUUAGGAGAGCCAGUGUAAGCUAUCAUUGGAUAAUUAGCAUGUGCUCAAGCGCGAGACUGUCGAAUUGGCCUCCAAGUGAGGCCGAAUCCAUGUUAGGUGUCAGCCUAAGUCUCACCGCAUGUACGGAUCUCCCACAAAGGAUUUGUUUCAGUCAUCCGGCGACGAGGCCAAUCCUGUAUUAAAGCAGGCAACCUCAGAGUAGUCUCACCUUGUAGAAUGUGCAUCUUUCAAGACCUGCAUUCAAACUCGUAUCUCAGAUCGAUCUCGUAAUUGUCACACUUGAACUUCAAACACCCCUAUCAACGAGUCUAAUACGAUUACACAAUGGUCAUCAAGCAUCCCCUCCGAAGCGGCUCUCAGAGCACCGAAGAUGACAUGGUCGAAGAUAAAGACACUAAGUCAGAGUCUUCCUUUGUAGAUCUCAAGCACGAAGACGUUGAGGCAGAGUCGUCCAGGUGCGAUACUCCAACGGCCACUAUGACGGAGUACGAUACCUCAGACGACGUUGCGUUGUCUCUCCACGCGUUCGCCGAGCGGGACGGCAUCAUCGCGAAGAUCAGUCCGCCUAAACAACCCGAGAAGCCAACAGUCCACGUCCCCUGCGACAUCGUCCUCGUCAUCGACGUCUCGGGCAGCAUGGGCGCCAACGCCCCGAUUCCGGCCAACCCUGGUGAGGUAGCAGAGAACUAUGGGCUGUCAGUAUUGGACUUGGUCAGACACGCUGCCCUCACCAUUGUAGAGACUCUGGACGAGGGUGACAGGCUCGGCAUCGUCACCUUUGCAUCCCAGGUGAAGGUGGUUCAGGAGUUGAUCCCGAUGAACAAGAAGAACAAGGUCCUUACCAAGAAGAACAUCAAGAAGAUGGUACCCACGGAUGCAACCAACUUAUGGCAAGGCUUGUUGGAAGCCAUCAAACUGUUCAGCCGGGGAUCAGGCGUGAAGACGGGACGCGUUCCGGCUAUGAUGGUACUGACGGAUGGACAGCCGAACUUGAUGUGCCCUGCCCAGGGAUACGUGCCAAAGAUGCGUGAAGAAGUUAAGAGGCUCAAAGAUGGGCGGCUACCAGCCUCGAUUCACACAUUCGGCUUCGGAUAUAACUUGAGAUCUGGUCUUUUAAAGUCAAUCGCCGAGGAAGGUGGUGGGAACUAUGCCUUCAUUCCCGAUUCUGGCAUGAUUGGAACCGUCUUUGUUCAUGCUGUUGCCAAUCUACAAGCAACAUACGCCAUUAAUGCCACUUUGUGCCUUACCUAUUCUCCCUUGCUUAGCAUUGAAGAGGCAAUGGGCGAGUCUGUUAAUAAGCAAGAAGUAGAGAUCCUUGAAGGUGACGUGAAGAAGGGUCUACCAGAUCGGCAUGAACUCUCCAUCUCACUCGGAAAUCUGCAAUACGGUCAGUCAAGGGACAUCUACCUUCGGGUAGAUGCACCUGCGAAGCUCACCUCAGAGAAUGCGGUUGUCAAGGCCUCGAUCCAGUACUCUCGCAUGGCAAGUAGCAUUCACGGACAAAGCACCUCACAAUCGCUCCUGGUCCCGACAACUCUUCCCGAAUCUGAGCUUGCCUACCACCUCUCUCGCUCCAAGAUCUGUUCCUUCCUCUCGACCAUCAUCCCCAUUGCUCCCGACGGCGAGCAUAAGGCCUUGUUCCGUAUCUCACCCGAGAAGAUCAAGGAGCUGAAGGCACUCAUCAAAGACCUACCGGCAAAGGGCUUCCCAUCUGACCCGAACAAUAAGUCCCUCGUCGAGGAUCUCGAGGGCGCUCAGCCAAAGGGCCAAGUCUCUCUCGCCUUGACGAACGAGGAGUACUACAAAAAAUGGGGCGUCCACUACAUACCCUCAUACUUGAACGCGCACACGCGCCAAAUCUGCAACACCUUCAAAGAUCCUGGGCCGCUCCGGUACGGCGACGACAGUCCUCUCUUCAUCGCGUGCAGGAACAGGUUGGAUCACGCGUUUGACAGCAUUCCUCCGCCCAAACCCUCCAACCAGCACACCGCUACCCACCGCGGGCGAGUGUCUAUGAGCCAUUACAACAGCUCCUCCGGCGUAUGCUUCAUCGCCUCGACGCCUGUGCGUCUCGCUUCAAGCCGCAUCGUUCCCAUCAAGGCUCUCCGCAGGGGCGUAGCGGUGCAGACGCCCUCUGGUCCGCGCAGAGUCGUCGCUAUUCUUAAGACGCCUGUGGAGAGGGAGAUUAUGUGCCGCGUUGGCGAGCUCGUCGUCACACCUUGGCAUCCUCUGUCUCUCGAUGGUGGCAAGACGUGGACCUUCCCGGCUAAUAUUGCGGAUCAGCCUGUGAGGUACACCGGCUGCAUCUACUCGGUUCUGCUUCAGCCAAACCGGGACUCGAAGGCUCAUGCGAUCAACGUCGCAGGUAAAUGGGGCGUGACUCUUGGUCAUGGAAUAGUCACAGGGCAGGACUCGAGGGCUCAUCAAUUCUUUGGCAACUACAGAAAGGUUGUCAGAAGCCUCAGAAGGAUUGGGGUCAGCAAGAAGGGGGUUGCCAUGGGCGGAGGUGUAAGCAGAGACUCAGCUACCGGGUUGGUAUCGGGGUUUGCUCUUCACACGAAGCGGAACGUGAGUUUGAAUGGAGUUGUGAAUAAUGCUAUCCAUAUGAUUUGACAGAAUUUCUUCUUGUUUUCUUGCCUUCUCAGAACAUAGUCGCACACCCGGAGCCCGUGGACUGAGCACAUAUAAACGAAACUCACUUAAGGCGGAAUCAUUCAAGUAAUUAGCAGACUAUAUUUAUGAACUGAGUUUAUUGAAGUCAGAUUCCAUCGGCUCACUGUGUCUGUUCUUCUACAGGGGUCGCCGGAUAGUAACCAAGGGGAUAGACAUUCGUUUCAGUCUAUCUCAAUGAGACAUGGAU